GUCAAACUUCUUUCCUGCGAAAUGUGUUGGUGGGGAUUGGGUCCAGUGGUACCUUAGAGACCAACAACAUUUUCUCCGGAUAAGCUUCCCAGAGUCAAAGUUCCCUCCUUCAGAAUAUUGCAGAAAUGAAAGUGAAAGAGGAGCCGAGAGCAGAGAUGGAGGAGGAGAGACGGCUGUGCAAGAACUGCAAGCAUGAGGUGGCGGCCGCCAACUUCUCCCUCCAUGAGGCCCAUUGCCUGCGUUUUCUUGCCAUCUGCCCCAAGUGUGAGGAACCUAUUGCGUUAAAGGACAUGAGGGAGCACUUUGCGAAAGCCCACCAACAGGUCAGAUGUAAGCUCUGCCACCAGUUUGUGCAGCAAUACCUACUAGAACACCAUGAGGCUGAGGAAUGCACCGAGCGGCCAACCCAAUGCCAGUUCUGUGAGCUGGACCUUCCCUACCACAAGCUGCAGGCUCACCUGGAUACCUGCGGCAGCCGGACCACAUCGUGCUGGCACUGCGGCAAGUACAUCAUGUACAAAGCUCUGAAGGAGCACAAAGUUACGUGCCAGGCGAGAGACAGAGACAGGGGACACGAUUCCAGCGCCAACUUAUGCCAUCACUGCCAUCGCUUGUUCCCUGACGAGAGAUUCCUCCAGCACCUGAAUGAGUGCAACCCACUGCCUCAACUUCUGGGGGCCCUCACCACCCACUCGCCCACGGAUUCUGACCCUCCUCUGGCUUCUCGGCUCCCUCCAUCCCCCACUUCUCCUGCUUCGAGUGAGGUCAAGGAGCAAGACACCCGCCCAAAGAAGAAGGAGCUAUCUUCCAUCGGAAGGCCCUCACUGAAACCUCUGAGGAGCAAAAAGCCAGCCUUUGUGGCCACACUGGCCUCCGCCACACCCCAGGCCCUGGAGGAUUCCCUCUAUGACACAUUGGUGACUUGUUCUCAAUGCAACAUCCUCUUGCCCAGCCCGACUCUGCAGAAACACGAGAAGAAGUGUCGGAGACAAAGCUCCUUGCAGGUGCUUCGUCGAAGUCCCCGUCUGAUGGGGAAAGGAGAGGAAUCAGCGUAAAGCCCUUUCGGUGAAAAGUGGGCAGCGAAAUGCACAGGCAGCCGGAACCAGCCUGCCGUUGCCAGCACCUCAGUUUAGUAAAAGCCCUUUGCAUCGCA